AUGCUUACCUCUGGGCAGACCAUUGAUCUCCACAUGUUCUUCCCUUUCUAUGGAGGCUUGUACAACUACACUACGGUGAGAGUAAUUAAUUGGAGUUAG